AUGGCUGAAGUCGUUGGUUUCGUCUCCGCCGGAAUCGGCGUGGCUGCCUUUGCCCUUCAAGUUUCGAGUGGUAUACGCGCGCUACGUCAGUUGCAAUUGAAGCCGGAAGAGGCACACAGGGAGGUGACGAUUCUUAUCGAGAAACUCACAGUUCUUCACCAAGUUGUAUCCUCUCUAAAGGUUUGGGAGCAAUACCAACCUGUUGACGAAAUAAUCAGCCAUGUACAACGGCGAUACGAGGAUAUUGAACCGAUUCUGCGAGAUCUUAGUGAGAAGUACCAGAUCCCAGGAGUGAAACAUCGACGUAAUUGGAAACGGGUGCGGUCAUUUCUCUCUGAGCAUCCGAAAGAGCAAAUAAGGGGCGUAAGAGAAAAUAUAAAUGAUAUCAUUAUGAUUCUGAAUUUGGCGCUAAUGGCUGCACAAUGUCGGGCCCUAAGCAUCCAUCACGCUGCUUCGGUACCCGAGGAAUCCUCUCGCUCGUCGUUAGUACAGGAGGAAGACCCUGGUUAUGGAGGGCGUAAGAGGAUCACAGAUCUAUCAGAAGCGUUUUCAAAUGCAGCCGUUGAAAAAAAACGAGAGCCACAGCCAGCAUAUCGCAAUACGCCAUCUCUGGCAAGUUCAUGUUCACGGGUUUCCGGCGCGCGAAAGUAUGACUGCUCAUGCCACCAAGCCCGCAUUGCCCGGCGCUUCUUCUUUCUGCAAUAUACACCACUCUCAAGCUUCCUUGGAAAGCUAAGUGGCAGAGCUCCAGGAUGUACUUGUAUUGGCUUGCGCUUACGACUAGCCUUGUCAAAAUACGGCGUCCCGAGAGCCAUAGUUGUUGGAAUCGGAUUUAUGGUUGAUGAGACAGGAUUCGAACUUCUACCUACCCUCAGAACUGAAGUAAUUGUAAAUUACACAUCCCCAGGUUUUGAGACUAUAUGGCGUCUCCAGAAAUGUUCGAUCUCGCUUGAUGAAGCCCGAGAGAGAUUCAUUAAACUAUAUCAAUCCGAUGAGUCUUUCAGGAAUCACAAGGAUCCUGCGGGAAACACCUAUAUUCAUACCCUUUUGCGUGUACCAUGGAAUUGGAGACAAGACGACCAGUUUGGUCUGUUGCAUACACUCGUCACUGAGUGCGGAAUGACACUUGCAGAAGAGACUCAAAGCUUUCUUGUUCGGUGUGCCAAUUGGAUCGGCGAAGGGCGUCAUCUUACUCUCCUUGAGGCUAUCUUGUCAUAUGGAUAUGACGCAACCGCCAUUCACGCAUCCCCUUUCGAGGAAUGGCCUUCUCCAUGUUCAACAGACUGGUAUGGCGGUGGGAGUACUCCAGAUCCAUUCUUCGUGGAAUACAUCGGGACCAUCCUGAAAUAUAGCCCUAAUUACUCAGGGUCAACAAACCUACACAAUGUCCUUCUAAACGGACCUGUUGAUUGCGCAGCGGAUUGGCUGCAUCGAUCACAACCACUAGAGGCAAAUCGCAACUUCUUAGGACAAACGCCCUUGCAUAUCGCGACUACGUGUCCAAAAUUAUGUCAGAUCGUCUUAGAAGCAGGACAUGACAUGAACGUAAUGGAUAAGUAUGGAACGACACCGCUGAUGUAUGCUGCAGCCAUGGGUCAGACAGAAGUCACGAAGCUACUGCUUUCAAGAGGGGCAAGUCCAGCGUUGAGAGACUCGAGACUGAAUUGGAUGUUUCUCGAUUACGCCGUGUUUUGUGAGCAAUGGCACCUAGUCUUGGAAGCUCUUUCGAUUAUUCAGACCAAAGUCGACUCUCACGUAUUCCAAACAUAUGUUCGUUGCGCUAUUAUGAGCACUCUUGGUUACGAGAGCGCUUUGAUAGAGCAGAUCAAUUUUCUCCAAAAGUUGAUCGAACUUUGCGACGACGUAAACUUCACAUUUGGAGAUCGUGGCAUCAAAGACAAUAACAUGAUGCACUAUGCUCGCACCCUGGAAAUUGCAUCGACACUUGUCCGAUGUGGCUUCAACAGCUUCAAUCAAAGGAACAGCGAGGGAAAACUAGCAAUCAACUCAUUAUCCAAAUACGGCAACGCCCCUCUCAUCCGUUUCUGCCUUGAAAAUGGCACGAAUGCAACUGACGUGAGCCAAGAUGGGCGAUCUAUUCUUUUCGAACUUCUUCCAAGGCUCUCGUCGUUUGACUGGCUAACUUGGGACGUCAUUGACGGAAUUAAACUUUGCCUAAGCGCAGGCGCUGAUCCAUUUGCGGCGGAUGAUUGCAUAUGCCCAUGUUCUCCUGACGGCUGCCAUAUAACCUCAAAAUUCGGGCUAGAAUUCAGUCCUUACCAGUGCUUCAGUGGCACAGUUGACCCAGUGUGGGUUCUCGAAUUAAUUACCCUCGUUGAGGAGCAUCGAGGUCUUCGAGCCGCACGAAGGCUACUCCUGUCACUACAUCGAAGAAUUCGUUGCGACCGGACCGACAUCUCAAUAGCCCAUGUCUGCUGCCAUAGAGGCCAUGGGAUCAAAGAGCUUGGCUAUUUGGAUCGAUGUCUUCAAACUGAAGAUAUUGAUGAUAUUCUAGAUGAAGAACAGCACUUCAUUGGUAUCCUAGAUACGGAAAUGAGGGAACUUUCUUCAUUUACCUUUUCAAAGUUGCUGACUGAGUUCAUCACUCAUCUCAAAGUUUACUCGAUGGCAUCCGCAGGCUUGUCAGAGAACCUGGUCACUCGUUCAAUGGCACAAUAUGCGUUCUGGCUCCAGCAUGAGUGUUCGAGGACAGACAAAGUGCUUCUUUCUGAGGUUAGCCAAGCCGACUGGCUCAGUAAACGGAUUUCUUGGUUUCUUGAGUUGAUGAAAGCAAUGGAGGUACCGGUGGAGACGUUGGAGAAGGAAAUGAGGAGGAUAUCUGUUAAAGAAUCGCGUAUACAAUUGAUCAAUAGUGACGAAACAGUUAAGGGCUUUAUAGAUAUACUACAGAAUGCAUCUCUUAGUUAA